GUGGAGCUGAUGGUUCACGAGAAAGUACACAAUGACGAGAACCACUACACAUGCGGUUUCUGUAACAAGAACUACGGAUCGCGCGUGAAGCUGAUGCGCCACGAGAGUCAGCAUACGGGCCAAAAGCCGUUCGUAUGCACAUACUGCUGCAAGGGUUUCACGCACAAGCAGAGCCUGAUGAUGCACGAACGCGUGCAUACAGGCGAGAAGCCGUAUCAGUGUCACAUCUGUACGAAGUGCUUUGCCCGCCAAACCAACUUCAACAUCCACCUGAAACUGCAUGCCAGCGGUCGGCGUUUCUUCUGCUCGCUGUGUGGCAAGUGGUACAGAACCGAGCACGAGAUGCUGGAGCACCAGCAAAACUGCAUGAGUAUGGUCAAUGGUCAGCAGGUUUCGGCCGAGAAGCCGCUGCGAUACCAGUGCUCGUACUGCGAGAAGAUGUUCCACCAUCGACGCGACAAGAACAUUCAUGAACGGGUGCACACAGGCGAACGCCCCUAUUCUUGCGGCUACUGCGGCAAGGGUUUCACACAGUCGCAAGCACUCACCAUACACAUUCGAACCCAUACCGGUGAACGACCAUAUCAGUGUAACAUCUGUGGAAAAUACUUCCGCGACAGGUAUCGAUCGGUGUUCGUUUCUUUCUCAGCAUUUUUCAGUAAUGGCUUUGAGUAG